CUGUUCUCCAUCUGUGGUGAAACCGGUCCGACCACAUCCCACCGCCACGCCCAUCCAGGUGUGGGCGUGGCCUCCUGUCCUCUCAGGUGUCCUGACGCUCUGGAGCACAGACAGAGCUGCAGAGAUGCUCUGAUGAGCCUCAGUGAGUGGAACCAUGAUCUUUACGACUCUCUGACUGGUUUUAUUUGGUAGCUGAGGCUCGAGCGGGACGUGGAACUGGACCGGAGCUGAUGGACCGGGACAGACCAGGAUCUCCUGAACCCAGCUGCGUCUCCGUGACGAGCCGCCAGUCCAGAGAACCUCCAAUCGCAUUCAGUGGAGAACCUUGUGAGCACAGGAGCCAUGAAGAGAGACCAGAACCAGCCGGGAGCUGCUGUGAGUCCACCAGGAGCCGUCAGUCCAGAGAUCCACCACUCAUUUUCAAGCAGGAGCCGUCAGCUCAUCGCAGGAUGGACCGGGACAGACCAGGAUCUCCUGAACCCAGCGGCGUCUCUGUGACGAGCCGCCAGUCCAGAGAACCUCCAAUCGCAUUCAAUGGAGAACCUUGUGAGCACAGAUCUGAGCAGAGUUCAGAGGCGUCCGCCGGUCAGUCUGACAAGCGUCAGCAGAAAGACCUGGACUCCACAUUUUUGGCGCUUGAAGAGAACAUCAUCUGUUUUGUGAAAUGUGAGCUGAAGAGGUUCAAGACUAUUCUCAGGCCAGAGGAAGCAAACGGUUGUGAAAAAUCUGAGACCGUGAGCAGCGAUGAGGCGGAGGAGGAGCACAGACGGAGCAGCAGCGAGGCUUUCUUCAGGCUCACACUGGACUUCCUGCGGAGGAUGAAGGAGGACGGGCUGGCUGACUUGCUGCAGACCAAACAUCCUACUGCAUGCCAGAAGAAGCUCAAAGUUGAUGCGAAGAGGCGGUUUCAGUAUUUGUUUGAGGGGAUUGCCAAGGCGGGAAAACCGAUGCUGCUGAAUGACGUUUUCACGGAGCUGUACAUCACGAAGCGAGCGGCCUCGGAGCUCGGUGAUGAACAUGAGGUCAGAAUCAUUGAGGCGGCCAACAGGACGCCGGCGAGAUCGGAGACGGCUAUCACAUGUGAUGACAUCUUCAAGUCUGAAAGCCAUCGUCCAGUCAGAACCGUGCUGACGAAGGGAGUGGCCGGCAUUGGCAAGACUGUCCUCACUCAGAAGUUCACUCUGGACUGGGCUGAGGACAAAGCCAACCAGGACGUCCACUUCAUCUUCCCUUUUACCUUCAGAGAGCUUAAUGUGCUGAGAAAGAAGCAGUUCAGCUUGGUGGGACUUGUCCAUUACUUUUUUGCAGAAAUCAAAGAAGCAGGAAUCUGUAAGUUCGAGGACUUUGAAGUGGUCUUCAUCUUGGACGGUCUGGAUGAGUGUCGACUCCCUCUGGACUUCCACAGCUCUGAGAUCCUGACGGAUGUCACUGAGUCCACUGCAGUGCAGGUGCUGCUGACGAACCUCAUCAGGGGGCGACUGCUUCCCUCUGCUCACCUCUGGAUCACCACACGGCCUGCAGCAGCCAAUCAGAUCCCUGCUGACUGCGUCCACAGGGUGACGGAGGUCCGAGGGUUCACCGACCCCCAGAAGGAGGAGUACUUCAGGAGGAGGUUCAGAGAGGAGGAGCAGGCCAGCAGCAUCAUCUCCCACAUCAGGAGAUCACAGAGCCUCCACAUCAUGUGCCACAUCCCGGUCUUCUGCUGGAUCACUGCUACAGUUCUGGACGAGGUGCUGAGGAGCAGAGAGGGAGGAGAGCUGCCCAAGACCCUGACUCAGAUGUACAUCCAUUUCCUGGUGGUUCACGCCAAAGUCAGCAAUGUGAAGUACCAUGGAGGAGAUGUGAUGGAUCCACACUGGAGUCCCAACCUGAGCGAGAUGAUCGUGUCUCUGGGAAAACUGGCGUUUGAGCACCUGCAAAAAGGCAACCUGAUCUUUUAUGAGUCCGAUCUGACAGAAUGUGGCAUUGACAUGGUGGCGGCGGUGGUGUACUCAGGAGUGUUCACACAGAUCUUUAAAGAGGAAGCAGCGCUGCACCACGACAAGGUCUUCUGCUUCGUCCACCUGAGCGUCCAGGAGUUCCUGGCUGCCGUCUAUGUGGACUUGAUAUUCUCCAGCUCCGGCAGAGUCCUUGUGGCAGAGGAGGAACUGGUCCUCCAAACACCUGACCAGUGCAGUACCAAUCUCUUCUAUGAGACUGCUGUGGACAAGGCUCUGCAGAGUCCAAACGGACACCUUGACUUGUUCCUUCGGUUUCUCCUCGGUCUCUCACUGGAAUCCAACCAACGUCUCCUUCGAGGUCUGCUGCCGCAGACAGGAAGUCGCUCCAGAGACUGCCAGGAAACAGCAAGGUACAUCAAGGACAAAAUCAAGCAGAAUCCUUCUCCAGAGAAAAGCAUCAACCUGUUCUACUGUCUGAGUGAGCUGAAGGACCACUCCCUCGUAGAGCAGAUCCAGCAUUUCCUCAACUCCGACAGACUCUCCACAGAGGAGCUAUCUCAUGCUCAGUGGUCGGCUCUCGUCUUCAUUUUACUCUCGUCAGGAGAAUGCCUUGAAGAGUUUGACCUGAAGAAGUACUGUGCUACAGAAGAGGCUUUUCUCCACCUGCUGCCGGUGAUCAAAGCUUCACAGAAGUCUCUGUAUGUAUGCUUUCAACAAACGGUCACCCCUCAAACAGAAGGCGGUGCGACUGUAGGAAUGUUCACUUCCUCUCUGUGUCUUUGCUUCAGACUGAGUGCCUGUAACCUGGGAUCGAGAAGCUGCGAACUUCUGGUCACAGUUCUGAGCUCUGGGUCAUCCUGUCUGACGGAGCUGGACCUGAGUAACAACGAUCUGCAGGAUUCAGGAGUCCAGCUGCUCGCUGAGGGACUGAAGAGUCCACACUGCAAACUGGAGAUUCUCAGGCUUUCUGGCUGCUUGAUAACGUAUCGGGGGUGUGAACACUUAGCCUCCGCCCUGAGCGCUAACCCGUCACAUCUGAGAGAACUGGACCUGAGCUACAACCAUCCAGGAGAGCUGGGGGUCCAGCUGCUGUCUGCUGGUCUCCAGGACCCCCAGUGGAGACUGGACACCCUCAGGGUGGAUCAUGCAGGAGAACGGUGGUUAGAACCCGGCCUGAAGAAGUAUGCCUGUGAACUCAGUCUGGACCCGAACACCGCCAACAACUUCGUGCUCCUGUCGGAGGACCGCAGGGAGGCGGCGGUGGUGAGCGAGAGGCAGCCGUACCCGGAGCACGCCCUGCGCUUCCAGCCGCUCUACGCCGUGGCGUGCAGCCAGGGCCUGACGGGCCGCUGCUACUGGGAGGUGGAGCGGGAGGGCUGGCUGGCCGUCGCCGUGUUCUACGGCGACAUGGCCCGGAGAGGAGACGGCAACGAGUGCCGCAUGGGGAGGAACCCGGACUCCUGGGCUCUGUUCGCCGCCGCGGACUUCGUCUCGGCGUGGCACGACGACCGGGCCAAGACCAUGUACUUCCUCCCGCAGAGCCUGCCCAGCAGGGUGGCGGUGUUCCUGGACUGGAGCGGCGGCACCGUGUCCUUCUACAAGGUGACCUGCCGAGACCUGAUCCACCUCCACACCUUCCACGCCGCCUUCACCCAGCCGCUGUACCCGGGCUUCGCUUUCCGCGCCGCUUCCUCGGUGCGUCUGUGUCAGAGCUGACCUGGUGACCCCGGUCCGGCCUCAUCCGGAAUCAGCUGGCGCCCGGCGGGGGAAUGAGAGCGUCGGGGUCAUUCUGGAGCCAGGACCCAGAGAUCCUGCUAGGAAGGACUGAAAUGGCUCCAUCUGAGUCAAGUCUCAUUCCUUCUAACCAAACAACGUGAACAUACGGCUUUCUUCUACCGGAUGGAACGUCAGAUGGACUUAGGCUCCGCCUACUCCACCACUAGUCACGACAGGAAACCUCCGACGUGUUUUUGGGGUCUGUUUGCAUUGAAACGGCUCUCUGACGAACUGAAAACAACCUGUGAAAAGCUCUGACGGCCUCUCCCUGGAAACUGGGUUCGGGUUAGGAACUGGAUGGAGUCUGUCUGGUGGACAUGUAGCCGUCACAAACAGGCUCGCCAAUUAGACUUUUCUUUGUAAAAAUCGAUUCAAUGAUUUUCAAACUUGAAUAAUUUCCCAGCCUUGAUUUCCAGUUGAGUGAGCAGGAUGCAUGUGUGUAUAGAUGGAAAAGUAGAACAUGGGUGAUAGGAACGUUGCUGGACAGCAAUUUGCCCUGUAUCCAAGUUAUACAACAAUAAACUAUGUUG